CUUAAGUUUGUCUACUUACUUAGGAAACACCCUGUAUAGUAGCUAUAGGUGGGGGUGUGACGUCACGUCGGCGGCAGUGGCGUAGCACCGCGGGGCGCGGAGCAUUUCGCGUAACGCGGAGCAGUAGCGUAGCGUUACACUAAAUAACAAAGAUGUAUUUUAGAUAGAGUCCCUUAAUAAUUAAGGCUUAAUUGAUAAACCUCAAUUCUGCCAUUUUCGAUCCCACUAGAAACUAGAUCAGGUGCGAAUCCACGAUGUCCAUACUCUAGGACUUGAGGUUCUCUAGUGAUAUCUAGCAGUGUUUCCUGGAACUAUUUUUCAGAAUAGUUUCAACAAAAUCUGGUGGAUAGCGCCACGGUCUCGUGUCGCGCGUCAGCUAUCUAAGGCUAAUAUUUCAUGUGUCGUACGACAAGCUUUUUGGACGCUCCGAUUGGCUGGUAAUGAGACAUAUUUGAGGUAUUUCUAGCGUCAGCCAAUCGAAAUGUUCAAAAAGCUUGUCGUACGACAACAUGAAAUAGCAGCCUAACGCUUUUCGAGGCACUUCGCGGCGUGCCGUCCAAUUCCUUCCGUGGUAGGGUAUGCGUCGCGGUUAUUUUAAUGUAAACUUUCAUAUUCUUAGGUAUAGUUAUCGGUUUUGCUAUUUAAGUUUUUACUAUUCUAAGCCCUGCGGAGGCUGAGUGAUGUGAGGAGCUGAUUUCCUUGUGAUAAUCUUUCAUGAUUAUAUAGGCCGUAUUCGUUUAUAAUUCACAGCCUUGCGAAGGCCGAGCGAUAAUUUUUCUAUAAUAAUCUUUAUGUUACUUCAUUAUUUAAAUACGUCGCUACGGUAAAUUCAUAUUCACAUGUACAGUUUUCAAUACGUAAGACUUUAUUACUCAAAGCCUUGUGAAGGCUGAGCGACGUGACGAGCUGAUCUCUUUGCGAUAAUCUUUUAUGAUUAUAUAGAUAGUAUUUGAUUAAUUUUUCAGCGUUUAAAACGAAGCCUCAUUUAUUUUACAGUUUUUAGUUAUAUACGAUUAAAUAUUUAAUUUGAAAUGAGGUAAUUCAAAUGUAAACGAGCAAUACUGCAAUUAGUCUAAGACAUAUGUAAAUUUGUAUCUGACACACUAUAGUCUUAAGACGUAACCUGUACAUACCAUGAUCGGCAUAGUCACUCGCUGUAUGAUCUUCGGAUCGAAGCGUGCCUAUUGGCUAAUAAAAAAAAGUCAGCUAUCUCGAAUAGAGUCCUAAAUAAUCAGAGAAGCGCAAUCGUUACCCCCUCCAUGCUUCCCAUGGUCGCCAUGUUGGGCCCGCAGCUGUCCAUAUGUACACAAACGCAGCUUGUCUAUUUCGUGUAAGUAGGUUAUGCAGAAACGUUGUAAUUUUAAUUCUGAACUUGUAGCAACGUUAAAGAGAAGUUAAAGUUUCGGAAUAUCACAUUAAAUUGAAAAAUGGAGAUCAAUUUGGAGCUGGCUCUUUUUAAUAAAGGGGAACAACAAUAUAAUAAGGCUCAUAAUAUAUCUAUUCACGAAUCAAAUUCUACAAAGAUUUAUUCUAUUCAAGAAAGACAUUCAAUCCCUUCUAUACUGGUUCCCAAAGUAAAAUGUUGUACAAUUGAUGAACUGAUAUUACAGUGUAACAAAGCAUCACAAGUUAUUCAAGACUUAACAAUUGAGCGUAAUUUAGGCUUGCAGCAGUUGCGUAAGAUGUUCAGUAAGAUUGUCCAAAUGGAGAAGGCAUUGCGAAGAUUACAGCCUACUGUCACUAAAAGGAAUUCCAAUAAGUAACAAAGAAAAUGUUGACAAAUCUAAUUAUUGUGUCACUGUUUAGAUAUAUUUAGGAUAAUUUUAUAAUAAUAUAUUUUAUAUCAUAGUUGUAAUAUUUUCUUUAAAAUAAAUGA